GUGCAGACAUGGUGCUGAGGAUCGGUUCCCAGUGCCUCGACUUGACUCGACUCAACUUCCUCCGCAGCGUUCGACGUCCAACCUCCACCUGUUCACCCACUCUCGCUCAGGACAGCAUUCGACAUGGCACAGCCUAUCGAGCGCAAUCAGGACGCGACUGUCUAUGUCGGCAAUCUGGAUGACCGCUGCACCGAUGCCCUGAUCUGGGAACUCAUGGCUCAAGCUGGUCCUGUCGUGAAUGUGCACCUACCAAAGGACAGGGUAACGCAGAUGCACCAAAAUUAUGGAUUCUGCGAAUAUGUGUCAGAGGAUGAUGCAGACUAUGCCUGCAAGAUUCUUAAUCAGGUCAAACUCUUCGGAAAGCCCCUCAGGAUCAACAAAGCAACAUCGGAUAGAAAGAAUCUGGAGGUUGGCGCAUCGCUCUUCAUCGGAAAUCUUGCCCCGGAUGCCGACGAGACACUGCUUAGGGACACCUUCAGCGCAUUUGGAACAAUUGUUGGGCACGCAAAGGUCGCACGCGAUCUGGAGACGGGUCAAUCGAAGGGCUAUGGAUUCGUCAGCUUCGAUAACUUUGAGAGCUCGGACGCAGCCAUCGAUGCCAUGAACGGACAGAUCCUGGCCAACAAACCCAUUACAGUCGGAUAUGCGUACAAGAAGGAUGGAAAGGGAGAGCGGCAUGGAUCAGCUGCAGGUAACUCUCUGGAUAUUGGUGUUCAUUUUUUUGUUGCGUGCGUAUGGGCUAUGGCAAGCUGGGACUGAUAUCAAACCACCUCCUUUCCUUUUCAUUCAACAGAGCGUCUAAUUGCCGCACAG